AGCUAACCUCAUUCAGCUUGACCUAACACCUAGUUCAAAUAAACCAUAUCCAAAUCUUUCUUUAUAUGAUGUUUCCCAUUAUGGAAUCUCUCAAUGAUGUGUUAAAAGACUCACCAAAGGAUUCAUUUGGAAGAAUCUCUUCAAUCAAAAGCAUGAAAAGGAAAAGCAUACUUUCACAGAUUAGAAACAUAUCUUUUGCAUCUGUUCCAGAUAGCUCUUCAUCAGAAGAGAGCAAAGUGCCCAAGACUCCUCCCAGAAGUACCAAUGUUGAGACCAAUCCUGAAAAUAAAUUUUUAUAUCCAUGUCUUAAGUUUCCAAAUUUAAAAGGUAGUGGGACCAUGGCUGAAGAUGAUAAAGGCAACUUUGUGCAAGUCAGUCUUGGUGAAAUCCUGUCCAUAAUUGAACCCAUUAGUAAACAAAUGGAGGAAGAUAAAAAACACAAAGUGGAGCCAUCCAGAUUUUUUGAUGCAACGGUUGCACCAACUUCACAAAGUUUGCUCUCAAGCCCUGUUAUCUAUAACAUGCCUUUUGUCAAGGAAGAUGAAAAAGACCUGAGGUUUCCAAUCCAAUCCAAGUAUUCACUAAGCAGCUACUACGUGGCAAGGCACUGUGCUAGAUUCUGUGGAUGGGGAAAGAGAGGAAAUAAACAGACAAACACAAAACCCACAGCAGUCCCCGCUCUCAAAGAUUUUUCAUUAUACUGA